UUUACAUUUCAGAUAUAUGUAUGACAAUUGUAGAAGUGCAUAUACUAAAUGAAUCAUAAAGAACGCUUUAUUUUGCUUAUUUGCUUUAUUAUUUGGCAUUCUUUUGAGGUUAGAUUGACAGUAAUGUGGAUGAAUAUGGGUUCGAAAGACCACAAGAUUUUGAUUAUGGACCUUACGAGGAGUUUAUGUCAGAAUAUUUAGUAGUGUUAGCCAAAAGAGCGAAGAAAUGGUCCGAAAUCAUUGGGGAAGGAAAGUCUCUACAAAGGAGUAUUACAAUAAAGCGUUAUAUCCGUAAAGGCAUUCCAGGAGAACAUAGGGGAAUGGUUUGGCUAGCUGUGAGUGGUGGAGAAGAACUAAGAAAUGCAUCUCCUAAUUUAUAUCAGAAGUUAUUGGAAGGGCCACAUAAUCGUGAGAUCAGUGAUAUUAUAAAAACUGACCUACCACGUACAUUUCCAGACAAUAUAUUUUUUAAUAAUAUAGAAAAUCAACAGCAGCAGUUAUUUAAUAUAUUACUGGCUUUUGCUCAUCAGAACACUAAUGUUGGGUAUUGCCAGGGACUAAAUUAUAUAGCGGGAUUAUUGUUAUUAGUAACAAAAAGUGAAGAAACAGCAUUCUGGUUAUUGAAGACGAUGAUUGAAAAAAUUCUUCCAGAUUAUUAUACACCUACUAUGGAUGGACUCCUCACAGAUAUCGAUGUUCUUGCAGAACUUGUCAAAAUUAAAAUGCCUGAUAUUUACCAACAUGUAACAGACAUAGGAUUACCAUGGGCAGUUAUUACCACAAAGUGGUUUGUAUGUUUAUUUGCAGAAGUUUUACCUAUAGAGACCACAUUGCGAAUAUGGGAUUGCCUUUUUUACGAAGGCAGUAAGAUAAUAUUUCGAGUUGCACUAACUCUUAUUAAAAGGAAUAGAGAAAAUUUGCUAUCAUGCAAAGACUUUUCAACACUAGCUGAAUGUUUUAAAGAAAUCACAAAAGACAGUAUCGUUUUACGAUGUCAUGACUUUAUGCAGAGUAUCUUUAAAGUGCCUGGAUCAUUUCCUGGAAGUUUAAUAGUAAAAUUGCGGACAAAAAUUUCCCAACAACACAUGGAACAGAAACAAGCAAAAUUGGUGCGGUAGUACUGAUUUCACAAAAUAUAUUACUCACAAACAUACUCUAGUCAAGAUGGCAUCAAAUAUAUCUACUAAGUUUUAUACAA